UAGCGGCCGCGACGGAGGGGUGCGCGCGCGAGCUGCCGUGCUGCCGGAGCCGGGCGCUGGCCGAAACACUGUUUUAUCGGACGAUUUUUGGACGGAUCUGAGCGAGAGUGGACUGUUGCAGUGCGUUGGAGUGGUUUGUGACCCGAGGCGGACGCGGGACGAUGCUGGUUUAGACACCGGGACUUGAGUGACAAGACUGACAGGUGAAGAGCAGGACCGAAAAUGCCUCGUCGGAAGCAGGACUGCCCCAAACGGAUGCAAUGGGAAGAGGAGCAGGCGCUCCUAGCUGCAGCUGCCGCCGGCGCUGGCGCUCCGGAUGACGCCGCUGCCGCCGCCGCUGUCUCCGAUGACGCCGCCGGAGCCGGAGAUGACGCCCCGAUGCCCAGUGACGAGGAGAGCGAGUGCUCCGACAAGAUGCUGCUCGGCGCCGCCACCUCCGCCUCAUGGGACGGCGCCGGCUCUCGGCCGAGCUCGGCUCAGUCUGCCGAGCUGGCGAUGCGCUCUGCCGCCCUGGGCAGCCCUCCGGAGCCGGCCCGCUCGCCACCAGACGUCCUCGACUUCAGUGUGCGCCGUCCGGCCAGCACCAGCUCUGAGGAGGCCCCGGCGGCGGCGACGGGCGCCCGGCCGGCCGGCGACUCGCCGCUCGAUCUCAGUGUGCCGCGCCGCCGGCCCGGAGGGCACAACAUCGACGAGCUGAUGGCGCCCAAACAGCCGCGCCUGGACACCAAGCCGCCGACGUUCCUGUCGCCCUGGGACCGCAAGUUCCCGUUCCCGUUCGCCGGUGCGGCCCUGCCGAAGUUGGAUGCGUGGAACGGUAAGCCGGACCCGGAACCACCGAGCUCGCAGAAGCUGCCUCCCUACACCAAGUCUCCAACACCCAGCGAGGCGUCGCGCGCCCUCGAGCGGAUGCAGGAACUCACCAAGCUCUCCGGUGAGCCAAGCGACCUGUUCCGACAGCUGGGCCAGCGACCGAACGUCUGGCAGAAUCAGUGGAUGAGCCGCGGCGUGGAGCAGGCCCGCGACGUGCUCAAGUGCGUCUGGUGCAAGAUCUCGUUCAACACACUGGCGGAGCUGACGGCGCACAUGCGGGAGGCGCGGCACACCACCAUGCCGACGCCGCCCACCAUCCCACCGUCUCCGUCAACGUCUUCGGCGACCUCCGAGGCGGUCAGCUCGCUCAAGGAGACGAUGCCGCUACCGAGGAAGCUGGUGCGAGGCCAGGAUGUCUGGCUCGGCAAGGGCGCAGAGCAGACGCGACAGAUCCUCAAGUGCAUGUGGUGCGGCCAGAGCUUCAAGUCGCUGGACGAGAUGACGCAGCAUAUGCAGAAGACCCAGCACUACACCAACAUCAUCUCGCAGGAGCAGAUCAUCUCGUGGAAGUCGCCAGAUACCAAGGCGCCGUCCCAGAGUCACGUCAACGCUGUCCUCACCUGUAAGGUUUGCGACCAGGCGUUCGCCAGUCUGAAAGAACUCAGCAACCACAUGGUCAAGUACUCGCACUACAAGGAACAUAUCAUGCGCUCCAUCAGCGAAUCGGGUGGCCGUCGAAGGCAGACUCGCGAAAAGCGCAAGAAGUCUCUGCCUGUGCGGAAACUGCUGGAGCUGGAGCGAGCGCAGGGAGAACUGAAGGCUGAACGUGCUGUCAAGGAAGGCGCCGGUAAGAUCACCUGCGAGAAGUGUUCGGCUCGCAUCGACACUCCGCUGUUUGUCGAGCAUAUCCGGACGUGCCCGGGAAAGACCACCGCUUCUAAGAGUCCCAGUGAGACGUCCAACUCGGCCAGUGACCGUAAGACGCCCGGCGAUGAUGAGGAGGACGUUCCUUCGGCAGCGACCGGAGCCGGCAGCGGCGCGUCUGCCGAAGCGGGCUCCGCCGACGCUUCCUCCUCCCCGUCUGCCAUCAACGCGCUGGAGCGGCUUAUCGAGAAGAGUCUGAACCCCCGGCAGCGCGCCAGCGCUCCCUCGGCCGCCUUCCAGGGCGCCAGCAUCCUCAAACGGCUCGGUAUCGACGAGAGUGUCGACUACUCUCGGCCUCUGCUGGAGGCGGGUGGACCGGCGCCGCGCGCUCGCUCCGGCAGCGAGUCAAGUGCCGCGUCCGAGGCACGCUUCGACACCGAGAGUGACGCCGAGCGGCCCGAGCCGGAGCGCGAGCGGCAGUUGUCGCUACCGCUGCCGCUGCCGCCGCUGCGGAUCGAGGCGACCGAGAAUGGCAGCAAGGAGCCGCCCCCGGCGGCGGCGGCGGCGCGGCCGCUCUCACACUCCUCAGCCGCCUCUCCGGUGGGAGACGUCGCCAAGAAGAGCGACGGCUCAGCUAGUCCGGCGGCAGGCAGCGAGCGCGCGCUAACACCGCGCUCGGCGGCCGGCAGCGACCGCUCCACCCCUGCCGAGGAGCCGCCGGCCGAACCGCGCCGGCCCGGCCCGGCCAACCCGCUGGCGGCGCUGCAGAAGCUCUGUGACAAGACGGAUACGCCGCCGCCCCGCUCGGGCGCCGGCACCGGCGGCGCGCCGGUGCAGGGCGCGCCCGGCGCCAUCCUCGCCUUCUCCUGGGCAUGCAACGACGCCGUGAUGACCGACUCGAUCAUGAAGUGUGCUUUCUGUGAUACUCCUUUCAUAUCAAAAGGCGCGUACCGCCACCAUCUGUCCAAGAUGCACUUUGUCAAGGACGGCAUGGUCCCCGAGCCGGCCACCUCGAAGGCGAGCGCGAGCAACAAAGCGGCUGCGCCUCGCUCACCACCCUCAUCGAGCAACUCCAGUGUCGAUGAGACGUCGCACUCGAAGUUUCUCAAGUACACUGAACUUGCGAAGCAGCUCUCAUCCAAGUACGUCGUAGAGUAGCGUGGUGUUGUGGUGUAGCUCUCUGACGCGCGCGACUCCGCUACGUGAAGGUCGCGCGCAGUGUCUUAGAUCGGCCCUCUUGUGUUGGCCGACUCGUUUUGCGCGCUGCGUCGCGCGCGCGCGCGCGCUGGCGGUAAUGUGGCGCGCGAUCGCUCCUCUCCCGGCCGUACGAUGUUCAGUUGUUUUUCGUUUGUAUUUAUGUACGCAUUAGCGGGAGUCGUGAUCGGCGGCGGCGGCGGCGGCAGCGGUGCGUGACUGCGGGUUCCGAGACCCUGUUCGUGCCCGCCUGAAUGACAGCACAUCCUCUGGCUCGCCGCGGCGCCGGCAAUUAUCCAAACUGCGGCCGUCAGCCGCACGGCGCGGCGCGCCGCUCGUGACGCGCCAGUUUUGUCGCCGCGUCACGAGCGCGCCGCGACUGGCGCGCGGCAGCUGCACACCGAGCCAGUUUUUCGACUCUAAUUUAUGCCGAUGCGCUGCGAUGUGACCGUCGCGAGUCAUACACCUUUGGCCGGCGGGUGGUCAAUCCCGCGACAUAGCGGUGUCGGCAGAAGUGACAGGCGCGCGGCUAAAGGUGUACCGCUGCCCGAUACCAAAGGAUACGUCAUUAAAAACUGUCAGCCAGCGCACCGAGUGACGUUUGAAAGCUAUUUGUACUAAUCGUAUGACAUGCAUGCUGUCACCGUCACUCCAUUGACAUCUCAAAGGCGGCUCAAAGCUGUCAAGAUUAAUGAAAGGCGAGGAUCGAUAGGGCCCGCUUCGGUCGCGGCCGUUCCUUUGUUGCAGCCCUUGCAUUGUCAUCGUGCAACAUUGUCCAAAUAAUACUUACUCACGACUCGCGGUGCGCGCUGGGCACGGCGCCACGGUCGCCGGCCAUGAAUUCAGCGCCGCCUUUCCGGCGUGUGACAGCCGCGCCGGGGCGACACGCCCGUCACUACCGCCGAGGUCAGCCCGUGACCUCGGCGUGGCUGACCGGUCGUCUCGUGACGGGUCAGUCGGUACACCGCAGACACCCUCAACCGACGUGCCCUAGCGCCGACCGCACGUAAAAAGCGCAGCCGUCGCUUCUGAUCAGCAAUUAUUGGCGUGUUCCUUCACCCUUCUGGGCGCGAUUUUUGCUCGGCCUUUUUCGGCUCAGUAAUGACCGGCAAUUAGGUGCCGUCGCUGUCACGACAGGCCACUGGCUGUCACUCAGCCGCCACACUGAUGGACAGUCUACCUGUUUAACAAAACCUAUACAUGACUGACAAAAUUUCUCUAUUGAUUCUUUUUGGGCCGCACGGCGUUUUUGCUCGCGUCGUAAUUACAGGGCUGCUUCUUGUCGGGUCGACUCACGUUGACGGUACCGGCGUGGCUCGACAGGCACGAAGCCGGCUCGGACCGACGCGUCCGUCACAACGCCUCUAACUAUAGUAAUUUGGACCAUCAAAGCCGUUGCCAGAUUUGCAUGGCGUAUCAUCAUGUCACGCGGACGCGGGCGGCGCCGGCGCCGGAAGGGUUGGCCGCGCGCCGGCCGUUCGACGCGAGCUGUCCGCCGAACCGCGCCGCGGCGCACCGCUUUUUGCUGCGAUUCGGCGGCGAAAAAUGGGCACGUUUCUAUGGUUACCGCUGCCGUUCGCGGCGCGAUCGUGCGCAUUUUUCGCCGGCCACCGCCUCUCAGGGAGACGCGAUCCGUCUGACGCGCUGACCGCGCUAAAAAUCGCCCAUUGUGGCUAACAGGUAAUUGGUAAUGUCGGACGGUUGCACAGCUGACUGCGCCGCCGCCGCCAUCGCCGCCGCCGCGGCGCCCGCUGAUGCGUUUGUGCCUAUUUAUUUCGCUACCUGAUUUCGUAUUGCGCUGGAGAGAUUUGUGAUUGAAUACUCACCUACAUAUCUGCGAGGGAGCGGCGCUCCGGCCGCCCUCCCCGGCGAGUCUGCCUCUGUUCUGUCCGCGCUGGCUGGCGGCCCCACUGCCGGCGCGCCGCCGCUGUUUCGUUAUUAGUUCAAGUGCCAACAUUGUAUGGACAAAGUACAACCCUAUUCUAGCCUCCAAGGCGAUUUUUACUCUUCGGAUAUCGUUGUUGGUGCAUGUGGUCGAAGCGGGCGUGCGCCCGCCUUUCCUGUGUCUAGUGUUGUUAUUGUGAACCCAUUGGCUGUUCUAUAGUGAGGAUAGACACCACUGUCGGCGCGUGCUGGAAGGGAUCCCGCUGCCGGGGCCGCCGCGGGCCCGAGACCUCCCUGGCCGACGGGGCUCUCUCCCGGGGUGGUCCCACCAACUCCGAAGCUCUCCCUGACCUACCGUCUCCUCCCUCUCUCUCCUCUCUACCCGACCUCUACCCUCCCCUCCCCACCUGAGGCCCGGCCCGGCCUGCGGGCCCGCACGGCCACACACACACACAUACAUACGCGCACAUUCACGCAUUCAUACCUGCAGUGAGGCUUGGUAGGCGCUACGCCAGAUGGUGUUGCGUGGUGUUCAGGUAUUUAUUUGUGGACCCCGUGGUCCGUCUCUUCCACUCAGAGUAUUGUACAUACGAUACAAAUAAAACUACUCGCUGGA